AUGGCCCAAAAUAGUGGUGGCAGCAGUGGCUGUGGCGGAGGCAGUGCUAAUAAAAAAGUUGAGGAGCCACAAGCUCACCCUGUGAAAGAGCAGCUACCCGGAAUUCAAUAUUGCAUAAACAGUCCACCUCCUUGGCCUGAAGCACUUGUAUUGGGCUUCCAACAUUAUCUAUUGACUCUUGGCAUCACUGUUUUGAUUCCAAGCAUGAUCGUUCCUCAAAUGGGUGGUGGAAAUGCUGAGAAGGCUACAGUGAUUCAGACCUUACUCUUCGUUUCCGGAAUAAGCACACUUCUUCAAUCAUUCUUUGGCACCCGACUGCCUACCAUGGUAGUUGGUUCUUAUGCAUAUUUAAUCCCCGUGACUUCUAUUAUCCAAGCAACAAGAUACGAGUCCUACUCAGAUCCUUAUGAGAGGUUUGUAUGGACUAUGAGAGGGAUCCAAGGCGCACUGAUUAUUGCUGCAUGUUUCCAAAGUGUAAUGGGAUUUUUUGGCUUUUGGAGAAAUGCUGUGAGGUUCCUUAGUCCUCUUUCUGUUGUUCCAUACGUGACUUUUACUGGGCUUGGACUUUAUCAUCUUGGCUUCCCCAUGGUGGCGAAGUGUGUUGAAAUUGGUCUUCCGGCUAUUAUAGUGAUGGUUUUCAUUUCACAGUUUCUUCCUCAUUAUAUAGAAUCCAAGCGACCCAUAUAUGACCGGUUUGCAGUCCUCUUUUCAGUUGCAAUUACAUGGUUAUUUGCUCAGCUUCUAACUUCAGCUUCUGUGUAUAAACACAAACCUGAGAACACUCAGAUUAGUUGCCGGACUGAUCGUGUUGGCCUUAUUAGCUCAGCUCCUUGGAUAUAUAUUCCUUAUCCCUUUCAAUGGGGAAGCCCCACUUUUAAUCCUGGAGAAGCUUUUGCAAUGAUGGCUGCUUCUUUUGUAUCUCUCUUUGAGUCAACUGGCACAUUCUUUGCAGCAGCAAGAUAUGGAAGUGCUACUCCAGUGCCUCCCUCUGUUAUCAGCCGUGGUGCUGGAUGGCUGGGUAUUGGGGUUUUGCUUAAUGGCUUGCUUGGUUCUGUUACUGGCACUACUGCAUCAGUUGAAAACACCGGGCUUUUGGCAUUGACAAGGGUUGGAAGCCGCAGAGUGAUACAAAUAUCAGCUGGCUUUAUGAUUUUCUUCUCUAUAUUUGGAAAAUUUGGAGCAUUUUUUGCUUCUGUGCCACUACCAAUUGUAGCAGCUUUAAGUUGUGUUCUCUUUGGCUGUGUCUCUUCUGCUGGCCUCGGCUUUCUCCAAUUCUGCAACCUGAACAGUUUCAAAACAAAAUUCAUAUUAGGCUUCUCUUUCUUCAUGGGAAUAUCUGUUCCACAGUACUUCAGAGAGUAUUACCAUGGUGGUUGGAGAUCAGCUCAUAAUCCUGGAUGGCUCAAUGACAUAGUGACAGUGAUGUUCAUGUCUCAUACAACAGUUGCUGCUUUGGUUGCAUUGUUCUUGGAUGUGACACUGUGCAGAGAAAAUGAUGAAACAAGAAAAGACAGUGGCUUGAAGUGGUGGGAGAAAUUUAGCUUAUACAAAUCAGAUGUUAGGAAUGAUGAAUUCUAUGCACUACCCUGCAGCCUGAACAAGCUUUUCCCAGCUCUUUAACUCUUGCACAUCUUUAUCUGUUAAACUUCAUAAGAGUGAAAACUUGAGCUGUUGUUUUUGCAGUAAUGAUUAUUAUC